AUGGGAAACAGGAGAGCCCACCGUCUUCCAAAAUGAAAACCACUGACAGUCGAAACCGGAAAAGCCCCUUCACCUCAAUCUGCUCUUAAACAGCACAAAGCCAAUAGAUAACAUAUAUAGAGCCUAGACCUUGAAUCGAGCAACACAUCAUAUUCGUUCGUCGUUCUGUUCAUACAUCGUACCAAGAAGAGAGAGAGAGAGAGCAUUUUCUUGUUUUCUUGGUGUUCUUGAGAGGGGGGGAUGGCUGAGACCGUAGUUAAAGAGAGGAAGAUACUGGUGGCUGUGGACGGGGGCGAGGAGAGCAUGUACGCCUUGUCGUGGUGUCUCAGCAACCUCGUUUCCGACAACUCCAGAGACACCCUCGUCCUCCUCUACGCGAAGCCUCUUCGUUCUGCCUACUCGUCCCUCGACGGCACAGGGUACUUGUUUUCGUCGGACGUAGUGGCCACCAUGGAGAGGUGCAACAACGAAAUGGCCGACUGCGUUAUGGCCAAGGCUACGAAGAUCUGCCAGGAUUUUGGUGAGGUUGAGGUGGAGACGAGAGUCGAGAAUGGGGAUGCAAGAGAUGUGAUCUGCCGCGUGGCACAGGAGUUGGUGCCUGAUGUUCUGGUGAUGGGAAGCCAUGGUUACGGCCUUAUCAAGAGGGCCUUUCUAGGGAGCGUGAGCCACCACUGCGCUCAGAAUGUGAAGUGUCCUGUGCUAGUGGUGAAGAGGCCCAAAUCCAGCGGGAACAACUGAAACUCAAUCUGCUAAGUUGGUGCUCGUGUUGUGUCCUGGUCCCACGCUUGUCUUCGGGUGCUUUGUCAAGUUUCAUUGUGUAUACUCCUACAUUGCCCACGUGCCACUUGUGUCCUCAUACCGAGAUGCACAUUCUUGAUGAGUUUAUGACUUGUAACAUGGAUUGGUUUUUCUUAGUAGAAUUUGUUCAUGAAAUGGAUUUGGUG